AUGGGAAACAAAUUAAGUACAUCAUCCGAAUCAAUAUCACGUAUCCAGGAAUCGUUACUAUCACACUUCACGAGUGACGAACGCGAAUGCUUAAUUGGUGUGUUUAACAGAUUCUGUGGGAUCGAUUCUGCCAAUAAUCAUAAUUAUAACCUCAAUGUCGUUGGAAAAGAUGAUCAAACUGAGAAAAAAGAAAUAAGUUUGAGGGAUGCUCAACAACACUUUUCACAAAUAAUUUCCAAUUCUUUAAAAUACGGAUUUGCAAAAUACUUUCAAUAUGAGUCGAUAAAAAUUAAACAAUCAACCACAACCAAAUUAUCAUCAGAAAAACAAGAAGACCCAAUCACGAUACUCGGAUUUCUGUCAUCAAUUCAGAAACUAAGACGAUCACCAUUAUCCGACGAGGCGCAAUCAAUAUUCAUCAUUUAUCGUGCUUGCGGUGGUGCAUUACGCACGUUUGUGCGCGAUGUAAUAGAUGCUUCAAUAAUUUAUUGGUUUGAAGGAGCUUAUGAUUCAUCCAAGAUUAAUGAUGUAGAGUUUAUUUCAGCGGCGGUUUUGCCAAAUGGUGAUGAUGGAUUAUUGGAAUUUUUAUUACUUAUGGCAAAUUCGUCAGCACAUGAUCCGGAAAAUCCAGAAACAUCUGCAGAAAUACUUAAAACAUUCGAGAUUGAUGGAUACUUUACAGAACCGUUAUUCAUCAAUUGGUACAUGAAGAAUAUUCAUUUUCAAAUACUAAUAAAAAUCCUCAUAGAGCGAUUAUUCCUAUCAGCGCAUCAAUCCGCACUACUCCUCACGUCAAAACAGAUAACAAAUCUUCGUAAGACAAAUCUCUUAGCACCACAAAUAAACUCUCUUUUUCCCACAAAAUCAUUUUCACAAUUACUUUCGCCGGAUGACUAUUUCCUCCUCGUUUAUAAUCUCCCAUCGAAUUGUCGUGUCACGCCACACACAAUGAUCUUCUCAUCGACCUUCGACGGUGAUAGUUGGCACACAUUUGUCAACUCGUUGCUGUAUCAAGGAUCGACGAUUAUCGUCGUCAAGGACACGGAUGGUUAUGUGUUUGGGGGGUUUGUGUAUGAAGAUUGGCAUAUGCUGCCUCGAUUUUAUGGGAGUAAUUUGAAUUUUUUGUUUACUGUUCGGCCGAAAUUGAGAGUUUAUUCGGGGGCUAAUGGAUUUAAUGAGAAUUGGCAGUAUUUAAAUUCUGGCACACAAACUCUGCCCAAUGAAAUGCUAUUAGGCCUAGGAAUGGGAGGACAACUCGAUUAUUUUGGAUUCUGGAUCGAUUCCAAUUUCAUCACUGGUCACUCAAGAGCCGCGCCAUUGUCUUCGACAUAUAAUAGUCCAAGACUAUCAAAGCAAGAAGAAUUCAAAAUUGAUCAAGUUGAAGUUUGGCUCGUUAAACCAACAGAACGAGACCCAGAUACAAUACCACAUCAACAAAAAUAUUCCGCGAUGGACCGUAAUCCUGCCGAGAUGGAAUUACUCGAGAUGGCUGCUAACAAUAACCCUACGCGAAAGAUCGGAUACUCGAGAUUUGUACGAGAACCCGAUGUAAGGCCUACAGAUGAUAUUGAAUAA